AUGGACCGGGCCGAUUGGUCAGAUGUGUUGGCAGAGUUCGCCGGAGCACGCACAUUUGCGGAGACUCCAAAAACGGAGGGCUCCGGGUAUAGGCGUCACAAAGAUGCAGGCAAACUCUGGUUUAGAGAGCGCAUUGAGCUGCUACUUGACCCUGACAGCUUUCGCGAGCUUGGGAGCACUGCAGGUUCUGCUGCGUGGACCAAAGUCAAUGCGCAAUCCAAGAAUCCAAUGGAAGCAGAACGACAAGCGGUCCCAGAUUUCACACCGAGCGAUAAUGUUCAGGAUAGGUGCAAAUUUCCAACCAUAAGCAUGACACUGUGA